UCCAGCGCAAUAGUGAUAACAUAUUGUCGGUCUGCACUUUGUUUUGUUUAUACUUAUAUUAUGCACUACAAUUUAAAGGCAAUUUCAGGAUGACAUCUAAUAGGUUCUUUUAAUAUUAGAUAAAUGUUAAAAGACCUAAAAUAUCUAAAACUGAUCUGCGGCAAGCCAGUUAUGAAGAACAAUUCUUUAAAAAAUAAAAUGUUUUAUUCAUCUUAUUUGGAAUUCAUCCCCACAAGGUUGUGCAAAGCAAUUUAGGUAAUACGUAUUGUUUAUACAUGUGUAUAUAUCUUCUGGUAUUCAAUACUAAAAGCUAAAGAGCAAAGGGUAUACAAGUUCGUCCUCUCCCCAAAAAGUGCCCCUUUAGGAACCUCUAUAUGUCUGGUUUCAUUUUGCACCAGAGAUAUAAGGCACAUUUUCGAUUGUGAAUGGAUGGUAAGCUGAGCUUGACUCUUAUAAAAACUGUCUGCUAACUUUAGAGCCACUGUAAUCAAACGACCCCCUCGAAACUGCAUCUCUCCAUGCAGUUUAUUGACCUUACGAUGCGAUGCGAGUGCGUACGUAAGUGGGAUUUUUUGGCUCGUGGGUGAGAUUGACCGCGUUGCAUCAGCCAAGCGGAUUAGAUUUUGGCCAAAUCGAAGGAUCGAAAGGGCGACAUGGUUUGUAUUGCAUAAAGCCCGUUGCAGCCGACGAACGUAACCCUGAAACUAUGCGAGCAUCGCAAUCGCAUUGGAGCGUGCACUUCGAUUUCAUUGAUUUCUGCGCCAACUCUUGGCGCAGGAGGUUACUCAUCGGCAAUUAGCCGUGUCUGGUGGCAUCAAUCACAUCGGGCUACUGGUCACCUUCGAGGCGACAACUUUUAUGGGCUCACAAUGCGGACGUGCCCGAAAUAAUGGAUGGGUUUGGAAUCGAAUUCAGACUCGGAUUGGGAUUGGAAUCGACCUUUGCAGGCGGCGGGCACGUAGCCAAACGGCCAAUUGAGCUACUGAAAGGCCGCUCUGCAUUCCCAUGCAGGUGGUAUAGAAUCAUUCGUCCGAUUAUAGUGUGUGCCCAGAAAAUCAAAAGCAUCUAAGCGAUGUUCGGGAGCUAUAAAAGUUGCAUGUCGAGCGAAUCAACUCAUAGUCCAAUUUGCUAGCUCAAAUCAAACUAAACUCAACCAUCAUGUUCAAGCUGUCUGCCCUCGUUGUCCUCUGUGCCCUGGUGGUCUCCUCCAUGGCUGAACCCAAGCCCGCCAUCCUGGCCGCCGCUCCAGUGGUUGCGGCUGCUCCCGCCGGAGUCGUUACCGCUACCAGUUCGCAGUACGUGGCCCGCAACUUUAACGGCGUGGCUGCAGCUCCAGUUGUUGCCGCGGCUUAUACCGCUCCCGUUGCCGCCGCUGCUUACACCGCUCCCGUUGCCGCUGCUUAUACCGCUCCCAUUGCCGCCGCUGCCUAUACCGCCCCAGUUGCCGCUGCCUACUCCGCUUAUCCCUAUGCCGCCUACCCAUACAGCGCUGCGUACACUACAGUUUUGUAAAAAGGAUUAGAAAAUACAAAAACGGCUUUGAAAUGAAAUAAGAAUAGACCCU